UGUGGCAACAUCCACCAGUCUCUCUCCCUCUGCCCCCAUCCCCACACCUCUCCGAGCAGAGGUGCUGAGUGUGUGCUACUGUACGGACAAAUGAGAGGCGGCAAGAUGGCGAUGGUGCGACUCCUGCCUUGUCUCGUUCUCUACAUAAGUCUGGGUCACAUUCCAUCAUCGCUGAGUGUAAUCCUCCGCACUACGGACAAGAUCGUGUGGGCAAAUGAGUUUGAGCCUAUUGAGCUGACCUGUUUGAUAGAGUCUAUUUCAACAAACAACCCAAGAAUUGAAUGGAAAAAGAUAAAAAAUGGUGUGCCAAGCUAUGUCUACUUUCAGAACAAGAUUGCAGGCGACUUGGAGCACAGAGCUCAACUCCGAGAGCCAGCCAACAUUCUGAUCUUCAAUGCGACCCGCUCCGACACAGCAGAGUACCGCUGUGAAGUAGCAGCUAUUGACGAUCAGAGGGACUUUGAUGAGAUCCUGAUCAGUUUGGCUGUAAGAGUGAAACCUGUAGUCCCCCGCUGCAGUGUGCCAGAGGCGGUCACCGUAGGAACGUCCACUGAGCUGCGCUGUCUGGAGAAUGAGGGCUUCCCAGCACCUCAGUACCGCUGGUUCCACAACAACGAAGAGCUGCCUCAGGACCCCAAAGCCAGCCCCCGGUUCACCAACUCCUCCUACAGCAUCAACCCAGACACAGGCAGCCUGAAAUUUCAAAGAGUGAAGAAAGAAGAUGCAGGGGAGUACUAUUGCCAAGCCAAAAAUGAUGCUGGCUUUGCACAGUGUCCGGGAAUGGUGAUGGAAGUCUAUGAUGUCGACAUCCUCGGGAUAUUCCUCAAGUCAUUUGGAGCUGUGGUUGUGUUCUUCUGCGUGUCGUUCACCAUCUGUCAUACAUUCAGGCGCGGCUGUUUCAACAAAAAAGGCCACAAUGAGAAUAGCUACAACUGGCCAGCACAGAAUAAUGGCACUGACUAUGGUGACGCAGAUGAGGGGCACUUCCGCCACAAGUCUUCAUUCAUUAUUUGACAACUGAAGAUGAGAUAAAAGACCCUCCGAGUGCGACGACUGGUAAUGUCUGAGGUGUAACAAGGCACAUAAUUCUCUGACUGAUGCACAUCCAAUCCAAUCACCAACUUGCCAAAGUCCUUUUAAUAUUAUUUUGUGGCACUGAUAUCGUUUUUUAUAAUCUCACAGUAUUUGGUGAUGUUAAAUCUUGUUUUGGUUUGUGUUCCUGCAUUUAGGUAUUAGCUGGAGGAGGUUUCAUUCCUUAACAGUUUUAUAAUCAACUUAAUUUUGAUAACUGUUGAUACAUUUUCUACAAUGUACAUGAUUUUACAGAACUGUUGACUUUUCAUAGGAUAAGCAUCUUGUGUUCCCAUGAGAAAAAAUGUAAAUACUGUAGUAGGUACACUGGCAAUAAGUAGCAGAUGGCAAAAAAAUUACAGUUUGGAAAGGCACAAUUUUACAACAGUCAUUGUAUCAAUACCAGAAUCACAAAAAUCUAUUAAUGAACAUAUAAAUUUGAUUGAGCAACGUAUACAUAUAUAACAAUGCUGCAAAAAUGUACCAUGGUACAUAUCAUUUAUGGAGUGCUGUUUCUUUGUAUAAGUGACCUUCUGUGCUAUACUUAAUAUUUUGAGUAUUGGACAUAUUGUUCAGAAUCUUCAGUAUAUAUUGUACAUAAAAAAAAAUAUAGUUUUCAUUUUUUAGUUUUGUUUUUUAUUACGCUCCAUACCUUAUUGUAAAUAUGGCAAUAAAACUGUUGAAACAUGUACUGUAUUGUAUACUGUGUAUUGGUGUGUUAAAUGUUAACUUCAACAACUGUCAGUGCCAGUGAUCUGUGUACCAACUCAGGAAGUG